UUCGAGGGCUGAACUCUAGUCUCUUAUUCACGGUGUCUUUAACAUAUCAACUGAUUGUUAUUAACAUAAAAUUUUUUUUUUUAAUUAAGUGUUACAUUGGUUUGUAAUAAUCAACAUUAAAGUGUAGUGAAUAUACAUAAAAAUUGAAAAUAAGUGGAAUUAAAAAAAAAUCAAAAUGCGUUUAUUGUGGUUUGUUUUUCUUGUGUCAUGUAUGAGAAUUGCUGCAGCUUUUGAUCUUGGACCUCUCAUUAGAAUUGCUCAGUGCAGAAUCCAAUGUCUUAAGAAACACAGUGCAGACGGUACCUGUGAUUGGUAUUACAAUAGAGGGGAAUCAGUUUGCAGUGAGUGCUGGCAAAACUGCGAAUCCCUCGAGACACAGUGGGAGGCCACGAAAUUCAUUUGCGAAGGAGACGAAUAUCUUCGUUGUCCAGCGUGUCAAACAGCUUGUCUGUACCGAAAGACAAGAGUGGAAGAGGAAUAUCUACCGUCAAGUCUUCCAGCGCCAGCUAAAGGACCAAUAAAAAUUGGACAGCAUGACAUUGCUAUUUUACUGCGUAAAGCGUCUAAUGUGUGGAAGGAGUAUGGAUACUACCCAGGUACUCGUGUACCUCUUCUCAGAGCAGAUACAUGGAUCGUGGCUGUUCUUGAAGAUGGCAUAAAACACUUCAGCUGGGAGGAGUGGACUCCAACUUUGGAAUCUCUUAAAGAAGGCCCAUUAGUUGAGGCAACACUUUCUUGGCGUGACGUCGACAUACAAAUUCAAAGGCAAAGAGAAUUGGAGCAAAAAAAAUUCAAUGAUAGAGUUAGACAGUUUUAUUUGGAAAAAUACGGAGAAAAAGUUCUCGUUGAAUGGAGAGAUAGUCAAGAUUCUCCAAUUCCUGAAGAAGUUUUCCGCAGAUUUUUCUUCAAGAGGAGAUCUGAAGGUGAAGACAUUAAUUCUGGAGACCUAUCGAACUCUUUUAAACAAAACAAAUUCCUCGAAGCUUCGGAUGGUGAAGGAGAAUCUUAUGUUGUCUCUUGGGAGCCUGAAACUGGUGGAUUAAUGGGCAAUCAAGUAGUCGAUACAAGAUCAGCACAAAUUUCGUUACUGCCUGGUACCAAAUACCUCGUAAGAAUUGCAUCAAAUGAUGGCCCUGGAAGUUUCCCUAUUGAAAUCGAUACUCGACCUACCUCAGUCCAUGUGUGGAAAAUAAAAAAAAACUUCGAAAAUAUACAGCCUAUGGCAAUUCUCUCAGCCGCGGCUUGUGCAUUUAUUGUAAUAUUCAUAGUAAUACUCAUGAAAUUAGUUUUGAGGAGUAAAAGUAAAGAAUUCAAUGAAGAAAACGUAUAAAAUUUUCUUUAAAUAUAAUAAUAUUUAAAAAAAACUUGGGUAAAAAACCUUAGUUUACUGUAAAUAGUGUACAGUUAACGUUAAACGAUUCCAAAAUAAUUUACAAUAAUAUAUUGUAAAGUUCUAGCACCUGUGAACAUUGUCUUCUUAUUAAUGACUUGCUCAACUUUGAGAAAAAUAGACUGUAUAAGAAUAUUAUUUUAUUAUUAUGUAUAACAUAUAAA